GGGCGGCCGUGCUCGGCCUCCCGCGUCUCCGCGCUCCGGGAAGCCGCUCCGAGCCCGGGUGCUGUCGCUAAUGAGCCCGCUCCUCUCUGAUGAUGAAAAGACGGGCAGGCCCCAGGUACCGGGAGGGACGGGGCGCUGAGGUCCCAGAAACUUCAGAAUAAGUGGCCCACGGCUGCACGCCAAGGCCCGAGGGGAUACUCUGCUGUCGUAUGGAGCCCGUCGCCCAUUAAGGUCCCUUUAAAGACCUGAAUUGGUUGGAAGGACAAAAAUUAAAAGCAGUCCGAUCCGCCCCCCCGCCGGAUCCCUGUGGAUUCCCCUUCUCCCAUUUCCAGCCACUGUCACAAUUUGAGGGUCUUCCCGAUCUGAUCACAUCCACCUCCGGGAGCCGUGCGGUGCCAAGGGCAGGACGACAAAGUCACGGCCGCUCGCUGACCUGCCCGGCAGCAGCCGGAGAAGCGCUGGCUCUAGAUUUUCCGCGGUAGCAGCCGUGGCUUCUUGGAAAAUACGAGGUCCUCAUUCUCUGCAAACCUGGGCCGCCCUGGCUGUCGCCGCCCUGGCUGUCACCGCCCGGUAGAUGUGGCGUUUCCAUGCUGAGGCCGCGAGCCCCGCCUGAGCCCGCCAUCACCGUCGUCGACGUCCACGCUGUGACUCCAGGACCUCUGGGGCCGUGCCCCCGUGGACUGCGCAGCCAUGCUGUACCUGCUGGCCCUCCUCCUGUGCUGCCUCCCGCUGGCCUGUGGGAGCUAUGACAUCUGUAAGUCCUGGGUGACCACGGAUGAGGGCCCCACCUGGGAGUUCUACGCCUGCCAGCCCAAGGUGAUGCGGCUGAAGGAUUACGUCAAGGUGAAGGUGGAGCCCUCGGGCAUCACGUGCGGAGACCCCCCGGAGAGGUUCUGCUCCCACGAGAACCCCUACCUGUGCAGCAACGAGUGUGACGCCUCCAACCCGGACCUGGCCCACCCGCCCCGGCUCAUGCUAGACAAGGAGGACGAGGGGCUGGUCACCUACUGGCAGAGCAUCACGUGGAGCCGCUACCCCAGCCCGCUGGAGGCCAACAUCACCCUGUCCUGGAAUAAGAGCGUGGAGCUCACGGACGACGUGGUGGUGACCUUCGAGUACGGCCGGCCCACGGUCAUGGUGCUGGAGAAGUCGCUGGACAACGGGCGCACGUGGCAGCCCUACCAGUUCUACGCCGAGGACUGCAUGGAGGCCUUCGGCAUGUCGGCCCGGCGCGCCCGCGACAUGUCCUCCUCCAGCGCGCACCGGGUGCUCUGCACGGAGGAGUACUCGCGCUGGGCGGGCUCCAAGAAGGAGAAGCACGUGCGCUUCGAGGUGCGGGACCGCUUCGCCAUCUUCGCGGGCCCCGACCUGCGCAACAUGGACAACCUCUACACGCGCCUGGAGAGCGCCAAGGGCCUCAAGGAGUUCUUCACGCUCACGGAUCUGCGCAUGCGGCUGCUGCGCCCGGCGCUGGGCGGCACCUACGUGCAGCGCGAGAACCUCUACAAGUACUUCUACGCCAUCUCCAACAUCGAGGUCAUUGGCAGGUGCAAGUGCAACCUGCACGCGAACCUGUGCUCAGUGCGCGAAGGCAGCCUGCAGUGCGAGUGCGAGCACAACACCACGGGCCCCGACUGCGGCAAGUGCAAGAAGAACUUCCGCACGCGCUCCUGGCGGGCCGGCUCCUACCUGCCACUGCCUCACGGCUCCCCCAACGCCUGUGCUGCUGCCGGCUCUGCCUGGGGUAAGUGGACCAGGCCCUCCGCGGCUGCCCCUCUGGGGGAUAGCCGCCCCUGGCCCGAGGCCACCUCGACUGCAGAAGCUGCCCCGGGCCCCUCCACCGCUGCCCCUGGCCCCGCCAAGGGCUCCAGACUUUUCCAGCUCAAGCCCAAAUCUCCUCACGUGAUGCCCAUUGAAGAAUUCCCAGACUGCGAGUGCUACGGCCACUCCAACCGCUGCAGCUACAUCGACUUCCUGAACGUGGUAACCUGUGUCAGCUGCAAACAUAACACGCGCGGCCAGCACUGCCAGCACUGCCGCCUGGGCUACUACCGCAACGGCUCGGCCGAGCUGGACGACGAGAACGUGUGCAUCGAGUGCAACUGUAACCAGAUCGGCUCCGUGCACGACCGCUGCAACGAGACCGGCUUCUGCGAGUGCCGCGAGGGCGCGGCGGGGCCCAAGUGUGACGACUGCCUCCCCACGCACUACUGGCGCCAGGGCUGCUUCCCCAACGUGUGCGACGACGACCAGCUGCUCUGCCGGAACGGCGGAACCUGCCUGCAGAACCAGCGCUGCGCCUGCCCCCGCGGCUACACCGGCGUGCGCUGCGAGCGGCCGCGCUGCGACCCGGCCGACGGCGGCCUGGACUGCGCCCGAGCGCCCGGCGCCGCCCCGCGCCCCGCCACCCUGCUCGGCUGCCUGCUGCUGCUGGGCCUGGCCGCCCGCCUGGGCUGCUGA